AUGAAGCAAAGAGCCAAUCGCCGUCGUUCCCGUCUCCGGUCUUCUCCUAUCGCCGAUGUGCCGGUCUCUCCUUCUCCGGAGGUGGCUAUCUCAUCCUCUGUGGAUGCAUCCACUACAACAAAAAAGGUAAAUGGGUCUAUACACGGGACGAUGAGGGUUUAUUUAGGUUAUUGGGGUCGUUUGCUCGCCACAUCAUCCAGUCGAGUUGUGUCUCCUGCCCUUGAUUCUAGUGUGGUUAUGGCUAUUAUUCCGAUUCUGCCUACCGUCGCAGAGUCAUCUCCGUCGCCGUCCCUUCCCGAGGUGGUGACUGGGUCUCUUCCUACCGUCAGUUCCUCUGACAAAGUCCUCCAUGCCCGUCCGCCUUCUUCUGUUGGUAAGUCCCCUAAACGUAUUACUCGUUCCUCUGCUGAGUCUGCGUCCUCCCCUGUUCCAUCCUCUCCAUUGCCGACCCCAACCACACCAUCUAGUCAUUCUCUUAAGUCGCCUGUUAAGCCAUCCUUAACCAAAAACCCCAAGGCUCGGUCUGCCUCCAAACCUGCACCUCCACCUCAACCCGCACCCCCACCAAAACCAGCACCCCCACCCCAACCCAAACCCUCACCCCAACUCCAACCCGCACCUCAAUCACAAUCCACACCAACACCCCCUCCAAAACCUCACCCAAAGCCUAUCCCUAAGUCCCAUGUUCCUGUGCGGUCCAAAGGAAAAGCUAAAAUGCAUGAGUCCUCACCUCUCCCCAAACCAUCUGCUCCAAAACGUAAACCCAAGGAUACUCCGGUUGCCCCAUCUCCUAAAAAGUCCAAGCUUAGCACUAGUUCUAAGGAUUCUGUGUUUGUUGAUCCAUCGUCUAUUCAAUACUUUGUUGAUGCAACCAAGGCCUCGCACUAUCAGAGAUGGUUUGCUGUGCGCGACGUGUGGCCUGAAUAUCUUGUUGUUUUAGAAGAUUUUCCUGAAUUAGUUGACCUUUUACAGUCUAGGCAGUGGGUUAAUACAGUGUCUAAAUUGGUGUCUCCUCAUCUCAUUCUCAUUAGGGAAUUUUAUGCAAAUUUAGAUAAGUCAGCUGUAGAUGGGAAAAAUGAAAAUUGUCUUACUGCAUUUGUUCGGGGUAGUCGUAUCAAAUAUGCACCAUCCACUAUAUCUCGUGCAUUAAAGAUUCCAAAAGUUCUUAAACCUGCAUAUACUAAGUCAUAUCGUCCAGAUCAAUCUACAAUGGGUCAUCUUUCCUUUAUUACUCUUGAGAUUGGGAAAUUUUUAUAUGCUGUGGGUACCAGCGUGUCAAUUGAUUUGGCUACUCUAAUUUUUGAUCGUAUUGUUGAUGUUGCCUCCUCCACUGGAUUUCUGGCCACUUUGAAAAGGAAAGUCUCCUCUACUGCUCCUUCUUCGUCACAGCCGUCUAAGCCCCAAGCUCCCAUGUUUAAAGGUCUGUCGGAUUCUAGUUGGGAAGUCCAGUUGUAUACUGAGUUCAAGGCUUUUACUAAACGGUACAAGAAAGAUUAA